UCGUUGUGUUGCUGUUAGUAACGGUCUUUCUAGAAGAGUCUCCAGCGACGCUGCGGUUACAGCUGCUGCUGCUGCUGCUGCUGUUCCGUUCCGGUAACAGCAGCAGCAGAAUGGCAACAGUCGUAGUAAUGCUACUUGAACUAUUAGCGACUACUAGUAACAGUAGUGGAGUUGUAUUGCCGCUGCUGCUGCUGCGCUGGCGAUGGCGAUGGCAAGGCGGCUCUCGCCGCCGCGACUGCAGCUGCGAUCGCCGCAGCGGCGGCAGCAGCUGCGGUGAUGGUGGCAAACAUCGGCAAUAGAGUAGCAAAAGCAGCACCGCAAGUAAACCAGUGGUCGUAGAGACGGGAACGGAGACGGCAGCGGCGGUAGAAACGACGAUGACGACGCGUCCAGCAGCAAUCCAGCACUGGACGGGCUACAAACAACAGAGUGAAAUAGAACGAAACAAAAAGACGGCAGCAAGCAGGAAAGACAGACAUACAAACAGGUGGAGAAGCGGUAGUCUGCGAAUCGUAGAGACAGAGCCGGCGACCGCCUGGCCAGGCAGUCGCCGGCUAGCAGACAGGCAAGCGACCUGCCGCCUAUCAACAUCCGGUAGACAGGCGAGCGAUCGCUAAUAACAGGCUGAAUCGAAGGACCGUGAACAAUUGUACGAACAGCAGCGACAGCGACAUCCUCAACCGGCAUCAUCAUCAGUGGCAUCGCCAUCGUUGUAGUCAUCGGAAGCCGCACAGAAAAGAACGACGAUUAUGCAACAAGUGCGACGCUUAAAAACGCUAUUAGCCGCGACCACGAUCGCAACGACUGACACUUGCGCGACGAUCGGACCAGCGGUGGCCGCUGUCGAACGUUUUCGCUGCAUCAAUACAUCCACGUACGUGUCGUAGAAAAGGCCGCUCGCCACCGCUUCUGGCAGUGCUGCCAUGCCUGCAGCGAAUAUGACUAACCAUCGCCAUGUUUCUACCACUACGGUAGGUGCUGACAUCUGCAUCGGCGACAGCAGCAGCAGCAACAACAGCAGUUGCAUGAGGAGCAACUUCGUCGACGUCAGUAUAGCAACAACAACAACAACAAUAAUAACAAUAGUUGACGUUAACGUCGAAGAUAAAGACGCGCAAUAACGCAGUGCAGCGCGAAGCCAUGUGACACGUUUGUUUGCCGGUCGGACCAGGAUGCGCCGCGCUGGAUAGCGCAGCACCGCGUGUUCCGCGUCUCGACACGACGCGAAUCAGCGUUUGACGCUUGGUUUGUAGCAGGGCCUGGUCAAGAGCUGACUCGAGCGACUUUGGCCGGCCGGGUUGGCGGUGGCCGAGCAAGGAACCACCGGCCAUUCGUCUGUCAGUGCCAUGACAAUUGGCAUCAUCGUAACAGCUGCCACGGCUGUUGUUAAUAGCCGCCGUCAUCGUAGUGGUCGCUGACAGGAGAAAUAGCUCUGGUAGCCUGACCAGUGGUAAUGUAAUUGUUGGGUGGAGAGUGGUUAAGCGAGCAGUGAGUGAAUAUCGGGCGGUUUGUGUUGCGACAGAUAAAAGAAAAAAACCGUAAGCGUUCGUUUAUCGCUAGCUACUACCGCCUACGGAAAACACGCGCCCACUAACAGACAGAGAAUGGAAUAGAAAUUCCUGAUCGAUGGGCGACGGAAAAAGACAGGUGCGCGCACGCGGACCGAAGACAACGCAUGCAGAAAAGCCAAUACAAAAUGGUGGUGCGAGUGUUUCCCUAGGAGGAACGACGUUUUCCGUUGAGAACGUCUACUGAAGAUGUCAACGUUACGUCGACAGAAAAGUUUCUCUCCUGCGUGGUGACAACUCCAGUUGAACUGAGCACCAUGAAACGAAUGAUCGGACUGGAUACUUGGUGAAUUCAUACGAGUACAGAGGAUUUCGAGCAUUGACAAAACCUAUCUCUAUGUUUGGAAUCGAAAUGCGUUGAUUUGCGCCACAAUGAUACCCUUAUAAGCCAUCUAGCGAGAGGUCAAUGGGCAGGUUGAUCAUAGUCCUAAGGAUAUAUCUCGUUUUCUUAACGAUUGCGCAAACAAUCUGCUCCUGAAUAUGGUAUAGUGGCAACGUCACAGAAGAACCCUUUCCAUACCACUGAUGCAGAAUGAUUCGUACGAGCCACAUCUGGAUGCAGAAACUAUCAAAUAAUGCAAAUGACUCCACGGGCUCCCGUAGGGUACGUGCGGCAUCGUGAAUAUUUUGUUAAAGAAAUCUACAAGGAAUAGACAGCUUGUCAUAAGCUGUUUUCGACACAAGUUAGAGGAAAGCAAAAGGGCGAAUAAAUAACGCUUUGAUAUGUAUGAAUAUUUUAUCAAAUAUUUUCAUAUGCUGUAACGUGUAGUCUGUCGAAUUUACCUGGCACUAAGACGACGUGGUAAAUAUUGAUAUGUCAGUGCUAUACAUCCGUAUAUACCCGGAUGGGGAAGAGAAUUCAUCGAUUUAUAUUUGGGUGCGGUCGAUACUGGUGACGCAACACGAUCCUCUGGUCUCGCUUCGACAUCACUGGCGGACUCUAUGAUAUGGUAGACUUAAACUAAGUGGCAAUCCACGCCAUGUCUUCGUGACAUGUCUGCAUGCGCCAAGCAUUACAAAUGCAUUUACGUUUCUGAUCUAAUCCUUCGUUAAGGGAGUCUAGGUGGGCCGACCGCUUCUCUGCGCAGCUGGGCCUAAAGCCCGAGUAGUUAGGAUGAUAUAUCGAAGAGCUGCUGGCGGCUGAAUUGGGUACAUGCUUGUUUUAAUAGCAGUACCCGAUCUUUUAUCAUAGUUAAAGGUCACUUUUGCAUGAAACCCAGUUGCUUGCCUAGUUGGAACCGGAACGAUAUCGCUGGGAGGUGCUUUUUCAAAAUGGUAAUCUUCGGAUGUUUAACAUGAAUCGACAGCGCAAAUGAUGCGAUCAUUGCUUCUGAUAUCGAGUGGUUACUGAAGUUUUAAACCAUCGAACAAGCACCAGCCGCGCGAGAACGUCGUUCCUGUACCUAUGCCGUUUCUACCCAUAUAAAUAUCGGUCCCAGAAGCGCGAAUGCUAGAAAUGAAUCAUUUUGUAUCUGGAAUAAAUCUGGAAAUAAUAAUUUGUUGCACCUUUUUUAUGCAUGCCUUACAGUUGCGUUGAGUAUUCAUUCAUUUUUCUCCUACGAUCAAAGUAUUUACUAUUAAAUCUAAGACAAAUACAGAGUACCACAAAACGAUCAGAUUUUGAGAUCCACUUCCAUUAAACGCUCCCAUAGCUGAAAGUCUACGCUAAUAGCUGACUACGAGUUUUUAUCAAACGCCGCCGUAAUGUAUUGGCCUUGUGGAGAUGUGCGCCUGGGGUAUUUACAGUAAAAGACGCCGAUGGGCAUACUGAAAUUUACAGCAAGUGCCACCUCUGAAACGCUGAAGGACGUUCCCUUUUCUCAAACGUCCUGAUGACUAAACCACUAUGGAUGGUAUUUUAAAUAGGAUUAGUAGGCUAGGAUAAAAUAUUUACAUCAUUUCAUCUGUGAUGUUCAUGUUUCUGUCAGCGGCAUGCGCCCAAUGCCGUGCAAAGGCUGACUUAUAUUGAUAGAGUAAAAAAAAAUAUGCAAAUAUAUAAAGACGGUAAGUUUGUAUGUGCCCGAUGUUAACUUAACGAUUAGAUUAUCUUGCCGUAGUCAUGCUAUCGCUCCGUGUUGUGAGACAACUAUAAAUAGAGUCGUAUGAUUACGUUAUAUGGUUAAGGAUAUAAGUUGUCGUUGAAGCGUUCUACGUCAUGUCUGCUUCUUUAUCAGAUAUAAGCAAAUCUGAAAAAUGUUGUAAGCGAAAAAAAAAAAAAAAUGUAUAGGGGUUUAUAAAUUAAAAAAUUAGAUAUAGGCUUUGAAGGCAUGCGUACGAGACGAUUAUCGAUUUUGUUGACUAAUAUUGUUUCAUUAUCAUUGAUGAUUAGAGGUGUGCCUUUAUUAGCCACCGUAAGGAUAAGGAUAAAUUUAUGAAGCUACUCGAAAAAUUCUGUCGAAUAUCGCGAUGCACAUGACGGAACGCUUAUUAGCUGGGCGUCAGGAUCUGUGCUAUCGCAUCGUCAGAUAUUGCGGCAGAUUUCAACCAGUAACCUCGCCAUAACGUUUAAAAACAGCAGAUGAAAAUCACAAUAAGCAAAACAAUUUAUCCGAAUAAGAAAUCAAAUAUCUAUGAGGUUAGUACGUUGCGAUCAGGGCCCCCUUUUCUGUCAAGCACCGCGUACCAACUAUCGUUCGCUCAGCUACCGUCUAUCAGCUGUGAGUGUUAUCGUAAAAACAACAAAAAUAGUGCGCUCUAAUGCUACGGCAGCGCAGUUCCGGACGUAAAACUCGAAACAUAUAUUUGAUCAAAGAACUAUAUACAAAAAAAAAAAACACGCGGCAGAAAUAUGUAGAUGGGUCACGCACAAAGCAGAGUUUGCUGCCUGAUAAAGGAAAAACUGGUAUGUCUUAUGACUUUUUCUAACUUCUGAAUUGGUAUUAGUUAAAAUAAUGCUGACACAUAGAACCCCCUGUGGCGUAGGUCAGGUAGAAAGUUACAAGUGGGCGCUGGAACUGCCUGCCCGUCUGUUUUGUGCUAUAAUUGUACGGGAGAAUCUAUUUAUAUGUAGUCAACGAUUCGGGAAAAUUAACUUUCGACCAAUUUCUGCUACUAACAUCGCCAUAUUAGAACUUGGUCCGCUGUCUUCCGCUGCCGGUACCUGAAGGCCAAGUACGUUGUCAUUAUGGCUGAUCGUUACGGAGAAUAAUAUAUUAACACUCAUAUGAGCUUUUGCUAGUUUCAUGUAAUGAUGAAAUUUAUUGAGAGUUACAGAAUUCGGUGUCGGCCAGAAGUCAGAGAAUGUCAUACUCAAUAUGAACACACAGCAUAUUUGGAAAUAAUUAAUUAAUUUUAGUUGAGAAAAGUUGAAAUGUUAGCUUCAGAACUCAGAGUUGAAUAAAAUGUGCUGUUUUCAAUUAACUGUGGGCGUUUUUCUAGCGUUUCUAGCUCGUAUGUACGGUGGAGACUGUGUUGAAAAGUACGCUGCUGGUUAUUGGGUUGUCGAAUGGAAGCGCCCGUUUUAUAACAACACGAGUACUUAAUAGUUUACUGCUACGGACAAACGCUAUGAAUUCUAAAUGCAAUUGACCAUUCAGUCUGCCAAAGUAAGUUGCUCUUGGGAGGCCUCUGCGAUUUAUUGAAGGACCAAAACAAGGCCACGAAUACAAGAAAGUUGCCAUGAAACCCACAGAAAGCCAACAAGUUAGUUAACGUCAAACUUUUUUCCUUUACAAAAAGCGUCGGUUUCCCCUUUUGAAUGUAACCUGUCGUUGCUUGUCGUUAAACGAUAGUCUGAUAAUCACAAUAGCAUAGGGUGACUUCACUCCUAAUAAAUAAGACAAUUAAGCGAUAUUUGAGGCUCGGCAAAAGAAAAUGUUGUAACAUUAUUCCUUGCUUUUUGAGGAUCAUCUAUCAUUGAUUUAAACAAACCGCUGGAUCAGUUGCAAGUCGGCAUAUUUGAUAAUUUAGUUGCGGCAAAAUAGACUCUUGAUGAAGUCACCAGUGACGCUUCCUAUUCUUUUUACGCAUGUGUUUUAAUGGGAAAAUGGGAAAAAAUUCAAUAUCUGCUUGACAUCCUAUUGGUCAGCCGACGUAAUGCAUUUCCUCUUAGAGUGUUAUACUAUAAAUACAUCAAGGAAAUCCUUUUAUACCUAGCUAACUUUAACGAGUUUCUGAAGCUGCUAGCCAUUUGAACUAGAAACGUACGUUUACUGCGCAUCAGUUCGCAGUGAACGCGUAUAUAGCGAUAACUAUAAUACAAAGUAACCGAAUUCGUGUUCUGCUAAAACAUUACAUUUUUCCAGAAUGAAUUGCGACCUACUGCGAACAAACUCUGUAUCGGCGCUGAUUCUUAUCAUGAAAAUAGUACUAUAGAUCAUAGUUCUAAUUGAGGUUUUCCUUGAGCACGCCGAGCAUUUCCUAUUAAACACUGGCCAACAAAAACGGCACUACUGUCCGUUAAUAAUAUUAUCAUCAUAAUAAUAAUUAUUGCUACCCAUAUGAGCAGUUUAACGAGCAAAAAGCAAAAUAUGUCAAGCUUUACCGGCGCCCAUCAAGCCUCACGCUUGUAACAUAAAUAACAGCUGUAAUAACUAACUUUAAUUUAUUAUUUUGCUAUUCUUAACAUGCUUUUUUUCGUGAAGUAACUCGAUCAAAUUUGGAUAAUACUGGGCGUUGCUUUUCCAAGCAAGUUAUUUAUUAUUCUGUAAUGCGUAGAGAAACCAUUAGCAGAAAUGAUAUCUGUCGCAGUUUGCCGGAAUUCGAAGAUAAAAUGGCAGCUGUUCAAACAUGUGUUGCCGAUAAUUUAGAAAAUACUUUUCCGCUAUUUACAUAAACUCAAAGGAUAUAUAUAUAUAUAUAUACGUCCUUUGAGUUUGUACAGAUGGCGAUUAACUAAGGACAAUCAUUGGGACUAAAUGAUAAGUCUAUUGGAAGACGUUUUCUGAACAAUAGGCAACACAUGUCGCCGAUUAUUUAUAUUUAUUAUUUUAAGGAGACGCAGGUACAAUAGGCGCGAUGGAGGAAGGCGAAAAUUGAACGAAUGAAGUGAGGUGUACGCGUAGCACAAAUCUAGAAAAAAAACAUUAAUCGAAUAGUUCUAUUGAAAUUUUCUAAUUACCAAUUGUCUCUUUUGUUUUGUUUAAGUAUGCUCUCCUUUCAGUUGCUGCCGCGUAGCAGCUUGAUUUGUGCCUGCCGCCUUCGUAUUGCACUUGGCAGUCAGACUGGACUAAUGAAGGAAAAGCAUUCAGCAUGUAAGGGAACAAACGAAGCGAUCGAUCAAUCAUACGAUGCGCCGUUUCUCCAGGUACAACCACCUCACGCUAUAAGAAGGUCACUUUUUGAUAAUCUAACGCGCCAGACAACAGCAGAAACAGCCGUACGGAUUCGAUUGAGCCAAGCCGACUCCCGUACUCCGAUGCAUGCGCAAAAGCCGCUCGGCCAAGCUCAACUGGUGACGACGACAACGGGAAUAGUCGAGAAAGCGUUACCACUAUCGUUGUCACUAUUUCUGUGGACACCGCUGAAACCGUUGGCUUCGACAAAAGUCUACAGCAAUCAGGAAAAGAAACUCGUCCUUCCUUACCAUGUCCUAUUUGCGGUUUACGGUGGCUGGAGCGUUACACCGCAACAACAAGUCCUGCUUGAUUGGCAGCAGCCCACGCGGUAACGAUAGUCUUAAAGCGGACCGCAAGUAUUGAAUGGAACAGAGGCUGCAUGCUACGCUGGCUUCUUCGAGAUUGCUGCCCGAAGAUCUGUGCUCUUCAUACGAAAGCUGCAGAAGGAAUGAUUUGAUGUUUACAAGGAUAAACGUUGCUACAAAGUAGAAUCUAGAGCCUGCAGUUGCCAUUCGAUGCGCAAAAUAUUACAAGCUUUUAUUGACUAAAGUGAGACGACGUAUUGCAUGUACUCUGUGCCUUGAUCGACCUGUGGACUGUUAAUGAGAGUUGGUUUAAAAAAAGUGAAACCGAACAAACGUAGCGAGGGCAUUCAAUAAUGUACCAUUUUUCUCUUUGUGCUUGUAUUGACCUUCCAGGAAGCUAUCGCAAGUACAGAACGGAGACUCGUUUUCGAUGGCGUAUCAUUUUCGGACCAAUCAGAACUUAUCGGCAGUAGCAGACAGUAUCGUAUUGUAACGGUCUCGAAUAGUAUAAUUUUUUUCGUUCAAUCUCGUCGUUUCACCAUGCCUACCUAGCUUCCCUUCACCUACGCUCCUUGCACGAUACAUACGAAACUCAUAAUAUGCCAUCCGUUGGCGCGUUUGCUUGUUAUUAUAGCUACCGUAAUAGAAGGACAAAAGUGUGAAAGUGUUAUUUAUUGAAUUGUCUCCUUUCAAUGCUACCAGAAACAUAGAGUAGACGAAUCAAUUUCAAAACCGGAAACGCUACCAAUUCUGUCAUCACCUGCUGCUUAUUAUCGCAGCGAUUGAUACCUUUUGACCAUAAAAUAACUUAGUGGUUUAAUUGCGCUUUGUGUCCAGUUCGCGCGGGGGCUGCAAGGACGGAAAAACUCUUUCUUAUAAUAGAACACGAAAAGAUUUAAUGAACAGUACAAUCACCAAUUAAAGAGACACAGAUAUGCGUAUAGCGAGCAAUGAAGACAUUUUAAUGGGUCAACGUGCUCUAUAUCUCUAUAGGUAUAUAUGUAUAUACAUUAAAGAUAAGCACACUCAUGUACAUAGACAUACAAGCAUCCACGUAGAACGGACGCAUUCACCCAGUUGUGACCAUCGACCCGACGUUCGUUCGGAGUUCGUCACUUCUGACGUCGGAAGACCGUUCGACGGCUGGAAACAUCACCAUCGGCAAACAGAAUGUCACGAUGACAACGUGGCUCGUGAUACCGGCGACGCUGCUACUACUCAUCGCGUCUGUUAUAUUGUGUAUCACUGGGAUUGUAUCAAAAUGCGCAGAGACAGAAGGGAGGGAGGGAGAGAGAUCGAGUUAAACGAAGUGAACAGUCUGACGUCGUUGACGGAUAGUCUUAUUCAUUUCAGAUGCCGCGCUGUCUCGAAACGGCUUUGCUUCGGGUUCGACGUCGGCUGGUUUGUCUAGAAUGUUACUUUGGCUGCGAUUUUGCUGUUUCAACUUCUGCUACUGCUCAAAGGACGCGUAGUUUUGGAAGACGGAAAAUACGCUACUACUAUCGCCAACGAGUCAACCUAGCGUGUUUGACAGGCAGUCUGGCCUGGCUCUGACCACUUCGAAGUUUAUAGCGAUGCUGUCUUCCUCAGUCAAAUAGAGUACCGCAAAGAUAAAGUUGAUAGAUGAUGAUUAUAGCAGUGUCAAGUGUCGACUGACUUUACUGUAAAAAUGAAUUGUGUGGUAUAAAACAAACUGAAGAGUGAAAAAUCGGCUUGUUUUUCCUACUGCAAUUGAUGAUUUUUCCGAUUGAUAGAGUUAUUCCAAAUAGCAUUGGACUAAUUGAAAACAAUCAUAGAGUUAAGGAAAAAUGAUUUCUGAGCCAAUCUGUUAAGUACCAUUCGCUUACUCAUUGGACGUGAUUCGAUAGAUCUGCAGGAAACGUCGUAGGGAACGCCAUAUAAUAAUGACACGUGUGCCACUCGACAGGAUUUAGAUUUAAUUUGUUAUUAAGAGAUGUUGGAUUACGCUGAAACUGUUGAAGACCUGAAAACGCUCAAUCUGUUCUAUUGCAGACUGUAAAAAAGAAACAAGAGGAUACUUUUAUACCAUACAUCGAAAUUACUGAAGGCUAAUCUUCAGUAGACCACGAUUUAAAUAAGUUUAUCCUCAAGCUUUGAAUUUAUCUGCUGUAAUCCAUACUUUUUACUAUAUAUAUGUACACCGAACUAUAUGGCUAUGCCUAACGGUAGCUCGUGAAAGCAUUUUUGUUAACUAUUCGGUCAUAUAGAAACACGUAGUCGGAUUAUAAAAGUGUUUUACCAUUGUGGUAUGAUGUAUACGGACUUCAGCUACCUUCUAAUUGCAACAUUUCAAAAUCGACCUACAAUAUUACUGAAUAAUAAAAAUGCCUCUUAUAUAGUGUGUGCCCAUAGUUUUCAAUGUAUAUUAACUCUUAAAUCUUCUGUAUGGUUCUGUAAAUCGCAUAAGGGAUACCCAAUAUCAAUUUACCGCUCAUCGCUACGAUACAGUCCGAUAUAAGAAGCUUAGAAAUACACUGGUAUCAGAUUGUGUAUAGUAUUGAGUCGGAACACGAUAAAAUUUCUACUGUCCCUAUCAAUUUAGCACCCACUUCCUCUGCGCCCGAACUUUGCUAGCGAUCUCUCACCUUUCGUGCACGUGUUUUCGAUACUGCUACAUUACACCUCGUAACGGAUUCUUUUACUGAAUUUUGAAGCUUCUUGCUCUCUUUUCUCUGCUCAAAAUUACAGAAACUAGUAUCGGAAAUAACCUGAUCAGCAGUAGGUCAUCUGUAGUGGCUACGGCAGCCGCUAUAAAAAACGUGCGCAGGAGUUUUUCGCUUUCGUGGCUGAGUUCGUUGACAGCCAAUACCAGUGGGUUACCUACGGCGCAUCCUACCCCCAUCCUGACGUCGGGUACAACUCCGACGGCACUUUCACCGCAUCCGAUUCCGGCGUGCGCCACCCCGCCGGUGAGUCUUCCUAGUCACUUCCUGACAUCAGGUGGUAGCAGUUUGGGUGGGAGCAAUAGCGCCCCAGUAUCUCGUGCUAUGGACCUGUCGACAGGCAACCACCUGAACGUGGCUCUUAAGCAACAACGCGAGCAUCAGCAAUCGGUUGCUGGAUCUACCGGGGGCGCUUGUGGAGGAGAUGCUGGUGGAGGAUCUAGCGGGUCAUCGUUAUCAUGCGGUAGCAACAGCAGCAAUGGCGGCUCGGCCUCGUCGACGCCCUCAGCGACGCCUACGCCCACUGACGUAACGCCAACGACGAAUACUACAAUGACAGCUGAUGGCGAGAAGAAGUACAGCUGUGACCACUGUGAUUAUACGAGCAGCUGGCCAAGUCACCUUAGAUUGCAUCGAAUGCGACAUACAGGGGAAAAGCCUUACGCGUGCCGUGAGUGCAACUUCCAGACCGCUUGGGUUGGAGACUUGAAACGCCACCAGCGAGUUCACACUGGCGAGAGGCCAUAUGCCUGUCAAUUCUGCGAUUUUGCCACGGCGCAGAAAGGCAACCUAAAUACACAUAUGCGACGGUAUCACAGCAAGAACAAUAGCACAUCUCCAUCGCCGGGACCGGCGAAUCUGGUGCAUCCUGCGCUAACCGUCGGACUACUGAGCUCACUUUCAGGCGCUGGUCCAUUGCAGGUGCCCGACCAUCCUGUUGAUCCUUCGACGCUUUUCCAUCAAAUGACGACGCACUUUCCUCUGGCUGCCCUAACGCAAAGUCCUGUUCUAGUUCCACGAUCACCCCCGGGCGCCACCGGCAAGCAAUCUCCAAGGUAGCAGCGUUAUUGUUUACUAUUCGUCGUCAAAUCGUAUCUUAAUUCCUACCUUCGUCAUCUGUUACAAGCUGGGAAACUACUCCACCUUUAUGGGACCUUUGAGACUUUACCACUAAAAAGUUUUCCUAUAACGAGGCUCCCUGCUAAAAUCUUAUACCAUAAGGUUUCAUGCUUACAACAAUAGCAACCAAGCCCUUGGAAGCAAAACACAAAAUGCAACGAUUGAUUUUUAAAAUGUCGAGCUAAAUGGUCUGCUUAGUGUUUCUGUUCAUAUUUGUGUGCUAAUCUAGUAUUCUGGUUAUAGAACCUGCUUCAAGUGCUUUUUUGAGCCUCCCCGUUCGAGUUAGUCAUAGAUGGCUUGCAAAUAGCGAUGCGAAACAAGACGAGGUGAGAAUGGCCAUAACAAUAAGAACAGGGCUUUUCACCUGUGCAAUUUUGUAUAUAUAUAUACUUUACGUUCGAGUUGACUAUAAUAAUUAUUAAAUUACAUAUACGUUCACUGGUUGAAAUUGUGGAAAAGCUUAUUUUUAAAGAGAAUGACCCUGAUAUAUAUAUAUAUAUAUAUAUUUAUAUUAUUAUUUCAUGAAUUUUUAAAUCGAACACUUGUUGUUGAUAACGAUGGUGAAGCUUGCUACGGAUCUAACAGAUAUAGGAAAGAGAGUUUAGCGGUCGCUUUCAAGCAGAAAUCAAAUUAAAUUGCAACGAAAAAUACAAAGUGUCAAAGUAACGACAGGUCUCGUAUAACAGAGCUAGUGUUUCAACUAUUGUUAUCUUAAUUUAAACUUGGCCUCGAUAUUUCUUAGCAGUGAACCGCUUAAACAUAUCUAACUAGAUCAUUUCGAAAACGUCUGCCUGCCGCUAACUAGAAAAACAAUACGAUUGAAAGUGAUCGCUAAAACUGUGCUUCCGUAUCAACUGAUAACUCAGGCAAAAAUUGUUGUCAGUGUGUCACUUCCAAACGAACAUGCCACAUCAUCCUUUUAACGACUGUUGACGAUAACAGUGUUUCUAAACGGUCAUGGACAAACCGUAAUUCCGGUAAAAUAUCAUGUAUACCAUUUGACGACAGACACACGUUUCGAAUAUUACGGAACGACAUGGACUCAGUGAGGAAAUGGGUUAAAAUCGAGAUCGGAGCUAGCGAUCGAAGUGUGAUUUCGGUAUGAGUGAUAUAUUGAGAGGGAUAAGGCCACGAAAGAGUGAAGCAAGUAAAGAUCUAGAAAUGUCGAGAAUAAUCAGAAAUGGAGUUGAGGGAGGUGAGUAACAUAAACCAGCAAUAAUGUAUUUGUGCGCGUUGCUCAAUUGAUGUAAUUCGGAUUCUUAUAAGAGCCAUCUCAAAUAACAGAUCAGAAGAUAACUGCUAUUGAACGAAACACAAUUAGAAACGUGUAGGGACACGUGGGGCGCCU